AUGGCUGCGAGCCCCCAAACCAAGUCAAAUUUCCCCAGUGAUGCGAAUGACAAUCGCACGCCGACGGCUGCCAAUCUCUGCACCGCCGCAUACCGUUGCGAUCUUCCUCUGCUCAUGACGCUGCUAGAGGCGGGUGCUGACCCAAACGCAUAUGCCAAGUGUAGUGCGGUGAACGGAUACACGGCGCUCACUGCUGCGUGCGGGUUCGCAAAGGACUCGACUGUGGUUCGGGCAAUGAUUGACCACCUCCUCAAUUGCGGCGCGUCGAUCGACCAUCCCAACCAUUACGGUCGCACGCCUCUCAUGAGCGCGGUCAUCAACUCCAACGCGGCCACUUGCGACAUCCUCCUGCAGCGCGGGGCACUCCUCGACCUGCGGCACAAAAAUGGGAUGACGGCUGUGGCGUACGGGCUAAAGGCCGUGAACGAGAGCCGCUCCGACGAGGAGCGUGUCAGCAGUCGCGCAGUCGCUCGCACCCUGUUGUACUGGCGGGCGAGGAGGCGGUGGCAAAAAUGCGCGCGCUACGUGCGAAUCCAUUUACUUGUGGCGCAGCGCUGGCGCAGGAUGCUCCUGGCGCUGUUUCGCGACGUUCACUACCGCCCCGGAGGCCUCGGCGAAGCAACCUGUCGCGCAAGGUUCAAAGAGAAUUGCGCUCUGCUUCGCGAGAGCUCGUGCUCAGGGCUCGCCUGA